AUGGCUGGCAAGUUGGAUCAGUCUCUUGACGAGAUUCUCAAGGGCCGCCGUCAAUCUGCGCGUCAUCCACGCCCACGUCGCGCAGCAACCGGCCCGAAGGCCACUGCACCCGCUGCCGCUCCUGUUGGGGGCGUCAAGAAGAUAGUCCGCUCCACUAAGCCUGCUGGCAAAGCAGCCGUACCGACUGGACCAUCCGGCGCUGGCGAAAGCAAAAUCAUCGUCAGCAACCUCCCUACGGAUGUCAACGAGACGCAGAUCAAGGUACGUUGA